UAUUUUAAAAGCGGUAUCGAUAAAAACCCAGUGUUUUGUUGGGUCAUUUGUUGUUUCCUCUUGAUACAAUCAAUGAUACGUUCUAGUCAUGUUAUUUUGUUUAACAAGAGUCUUGUUAAAGAGAAGCUAUUUACGCUGCGAGUAUGAUCAAAUUAUUAACAAUCGCUAUUGGAGUAAUUGGAGUUGUUACUGGGGAUGUAAAUUCCGCGUUUUGGGAUGCAGAGAUCGUUCCCGAUCUUUUGGAUACUCCACCAACAGAUGAGUUAGAAGUUAUUUACCCAGGAGAAAAAAAAGUUUCUUUAGGUGAAAAAUUGACGCCGACUGAGGCCAAAGAUCCUCCAGAAAUUCAUUACAAACAUGAAGAAGGAACAUUUUAUACGCUAAUUAUGUCAGAUCCCGACAUACCCAGCCGCAGUAACCCGACAAUGCCGGAAUUCUUCCACUGGACAGUAGUGAACAUCCCAGAAGACAAAAUAUCUCAAGGAGAGGUCGUAGUCGGGUACUUAGGCCCCGGACCCCCUAAAGACUCCGGGUUCCAUCGGUACAUACUCGUGGUUUAUAAACAGCCGAAGAAACUCACUUUCGACGAACAGCGUAUCUCCGAAACUGAAGCAAUUGGCCGACCAAACCAGUCUAUGAAGAAGUUUGCUAAUAAAUAUCAACUUGGUGCUCCAAUCGCUGGGAGUUUUUACGAAGCCGCUUACGACGAUUAUGUUCCGCUGCUUUACAAAAAAAUUGGGCUUUAAUCAACAAUUAUUUAUUAUUACUAGCAACCUUCCAGUCACUAUGUGACUGCCGUGACUUGUGAAC